CCCUGCUGAAUGAUAAAUGAUUGCUACUUUCAGUGAGUUAAUCAAGAAAGGGUUUGGUUGCUUUAGCUAAAAGGCUUUGCUUUGCUUGCAAGGUCGUUUCCAAUGAGUUCCCCGAACUUUGAACCACAUCGGAGAAGUGAGAUAAACAAGGCAAGUAUAAAUACCAGAGAGCAGCAGUUGCUGAGGCUGCUUACUCCUGCAAAGCGGAGUCAAGCAGAGCAGCCAACCAAAGCGGAAACAGACUGAAGCCCAGCCAUGUGGGGAGGGCUGGGGCUGGCCCUGGUUCUCUGUCUCCUCCCAGGAGGAGGGACAGAGAGCCAGGGUUCAAGUGCCCAUUGUAAAGAACCACCAGAAUGGCAUAUCGAGGAGCACAGUCCAAUGCUAAAUUCUAGGGGCUCAGUGACAGUGGUAGCGCUCCUCCAAGCCAGCUGAUAUUUGUGCCUGCUGCAGGCUUCCAGAUUGGAAGACCUGAGAGUGAAGUUAGAGAAUGAAGGAUUGGUCAAUAUCUCAUACAUGGUGGUUAAUCAUCAAGGAAUCCAUUCCCAACUGAAAAUUCACACACUGAAGGAGAAGGUAUCGGAGAAUAUUACUGUAUACCAGCAGGAUGAGAAUCAAACUGAUGUCUGGACUACUUUAAACGGAAACAAAGAUGAUUUUCUUAUCUAUGACAGGUGUGGCCGUCUGGUGUAUCAUCUUGGUCUGCCUUAUAGCUUCCUGACUUUCCCAUAUGUGGAAGAAUCUAUUAAGAUUGCAUACUGUGAAUACAAGUGUGGAAAUUGUUCUUAUAUGACAUCAGUUGUUGAAGAUAUAUGCAAAAACAUAUCUCAGACAGCAGACGAAAAGCCAGCUGAAGAAGCACCGAAGCCACACAACAACCAUUCACACCACCACAAUCAACAAAGACAUCAUGGACACAGGCACCACCACCAGGAAGGGUUCCAGCUUUCAGAAGAUCAGACUCAACAGGAUUCUGCUCAAGCUCCAAGACAUCAUUCCCACCAGAGCAGUCAACGUUAUAACAGGGUUGUGGGUCGUAAUAGACAGGGUCAGAAAGGUAGUCAACCAAAUGUAGAAACUGCCCCACAAAGAGAAGUGGGGAAUGUUCCUACACAAGUUAAGAGGCUUUGAAAAAAAGGAACUGCCAGCUGAAAGAAUCAGUUAACCUGAAACUGGCAGAAAGUGUCACAGUCAACUUCUAGUAGCUGAUGUUGACACUGCAGACACCUGUUGUUUGAAGAAUCAGGAAAUGCAGCCACCUGACACUGUCAGGAAGAACUCCCAUCUUCCUGCAGGUGACAUGGCCAGCUGUUAGCAGAGACCAUCACUGAAUCUUGACAGUGACGUCUGCCCACAGCUGCUUGACGUUCACCAGCAGCAAGUGAGCAUGAAACAUCUGACACCUGACAGUGAGACGGAAAGUCAGGAAACUGAGCAUGAAAAGCAAACUAAACAUUUUAACAUCAGGAAAGAUCCCUUCAAUUUUAAUGCAUUUAAUUAUAAUACAACUUGUAAUAACAAACUUCAAACGUAUCAGAUUAAUACCCUAGACAGGAAAUGGAGAAGCGUAGAGAAGUUAAAAUAUAAGACUGAAAACAAUUUGAUGUGUGUUACAAUACCAUCAGUAGAGGGUUAUUUUUCUGGGUUUUUUAAAAAAUUACCUAAGCCAUAGCUUGUUUUUUCAGUGCUAGUUGAAGAGUGUCUACAGUAUUUGGUUAAUAUGUCUUUCUCGUUUCUCUCCUAAUAUUCUGCUUGCAUUAAUGAGGACAGAAGCAUAAACUAUAACCUAGGGGCGUCUGUUUGAUAUUUAGCAACCAAGAAUAGAAGAAAGGCAGAAAAGACAUUCUAAUAAUGUUUUAUUACUUAUUUCUGAAGAACAGGAAAUAUUAAAAAGUUAAUUUUUUUCUCAACUAAAAAAGGAGCUAUGAAAGUGA